GCAAUGAUCAUCUCUGUUUUUCACUGGAAAAAGACCCCCUAACCCUUCUGUUCUCUGCAACCCCAUCUCUGUUUGUCCCUAAACCCUUAAACCCCAAAUUUGCCAGACUUCCCAUAUUUCUCUCUCCAACGAGCAAAACCCUUUAAAGCCUCUCCUUCUCUUCAUCUCUCUAUGUUGACUAUUUCAAGAAUGAAGUCUCUAAUGUCACUGUCAGCUUCACCCUUCUCUCUUCACCGCUCAAAGGCCAUACGUUUUGGUGUCUUCUCUUUGGCCUCUGAAUCCUCCUCUAACUUGAUUCCGACCUUUCUUCAAAGCCCCAUAUCUAUACACACAAAACCCAGAUUGAUUCCACCCAAAUCCCCAAUUUUUUCAAUCCACAACCGGAGCUUGCAAUCGGAAUCCUCUCGCUCGUCGUCCGACGGAGAGAUUCAUGUGAUUGUGGGCCCCAUGUUCGCUGGGAAAACUACCACGCUUAUCCGUCGCAUUCAGUCCGAGAGCGAAAAUGGCAGAAGUGUUGCGAUAAUAAAGUCAAAUAAGGAUACACGAUAUAGAUUGGAUUCGAUAGUCACGCAUGAUGGAAUGAAGUUGCCUUGUUCGGCGUUGGCAAAUUUGUCAUCAUUCAGGCAAAAACUUGGUCCUGAUGCUUAUGAUAAGCUUGAUGUGAUUGGCAUUGAUGAAGCUCAAUUUUUCGAUGACCUCUAUGAUUUCUGCCGCAAAGCUGCUGAUCAUGAUGGCAAAACUAUAAUAGUUGCUGGCCUGGACGGUGACUAUUUGAGGAGGAGCUUUGGUUCUGUUCUUCACAUAAUUCCACUUGCCGAUUCCGUGACCAAGUUAACUGCUCGAUGUGAAAUAUGCGGCAAUCGCGCCUUUUUUACUUUGCGGAAGACAGAGGAGAUUCAGACAGAAUUGAUCGGAGGAGCUGAUGUCUACAUGCCGGUGUGUCGACAGCACUAUGUUGGCGGACAAAUAGCUUUAGACACUGCAAGAGUAUUAACAGAAACUCAGAAGGUAGAGUACGGUGCCUACGCAUAACCCGUUCUUGUUCUGUUAACCAUUUUGGCCAGCCAGCUCCGUCUUUGGCCCUCAGUAGAAAUGUGUACAAGGUAGAUUCACUUCUCUGAUGCAUAUCCACUGUUAUUAGUUGAAGCCUUUCCUUGACCUGUUUAUAUAUUAUAGGUGAAAAGUAGUGAAUGUGGGAUUACUUUGAUUUCAAACAGUUGUGACUCUGAUUAUUUAAAUUAAGUUUCCUUUAAUCAAAAUUUUUGGAUUGGUGCUUCUCAUUGAUUACAUGAUGAUUUUGGUUCAUGCUAUGGUGCCUUUUGCCCAUAAUUCUUCAGUUUAUUAUGCUGUGAAUUGAGUUGUUAUCCAAUAGAGAUGGUAACAUAAAGAAAACUAAAGAGUGUAAUUCUACAAUUGAAUAAAGAAUCAGGAAUCACAUAGAAAUCAAAUUUUAUAAUCUAAGUACAAUAAUAUCCUCUACAAACAGAGACUUUCUAAACAAAGCAAGGGAUUCUGUAUCAUAUUAUAAGUCAAUCAAAUAAGGGUAUCUUCUAGGAACUCAGGAGCAGAAGGUCUCUCUGCUUGCUUCAGAAUACAUUCUCAAUAAGCCCUCUGACCUCACCCAAUGAUAAUGGCUUCAUCGCACUAGUCACCUUCUUGUAUCUUCACAACAGAAUCACACUCUCCAUUGAAACCAACUCAAGCAGACUCAUCCUAAAAGCAUACGCAUCCACAAGCUAUUAUAGUUCUCAUCAAACAGCUCGGGUGCUAUGUGUUUUUUUUUAUUCAAAUAAUCCGCAAAACCCUGAAUUUAAAUCACAAAUUUCUUGGAAAGUCAUUCCUAUUGCAACCCUCAUAAAUUCACAACAUGAUCAAAGCAGAACAAGGAUUAUGACACUGAAUCCACAACUUCACAAAGACUUCAAACAAAUCAACCAACACAAACCGUAUUUUCCCCAAAUCACAACGAAAAAAUCUGAGCGCACACAACAAAACACACCCAAAUAAAUUCUAAAGAAAAAAAGCUCGAAACAUAUUUUCAAGAAAGGCCUCAGAAUUGCAGAAUGUCAGCAGCGCUCAACAAAGCCAUUCAGUCCCGAAAGAUGGUGUUUUUACUGAAUGAUUUCUUCAUCGGCAACUUGAAAAAAAAUCAAAAC